CUCCCCCCGACAUCUCCGCACCGCCUCAUUUCCCUCUAAUUGCUUUCGCUCGGUCCGGGGCUUUGAGAGCUCACCUGCUUUUAAUUGGACUAUCGCGACAAGUUGCAGAAGUGACGUCAGCACGGUCGAUUGACAACUUUUAGCGUGACGAUAACAGAGGAUUUUCGCGCGAGACUAAUUGGCUGCACCACAGAGGGACGCGCUGUUCAGCAGCAAAGCAGGCUGAGGAGACGAGCGGGCGCAGGAAUCUCAGAGCCCCUGGAUGGAUGGAUGUAGGGCAGAGGGGGCUUAGAACGUCUCGGCAUGGACCAAAGAGCACUGAUUGAAAUUAUAUGAUUAACAGUGGUAUAGAGUAGGUUGUUUCAUCUAUAACCUUAAAAAUCUGCAGAUACAUUUCUUUUUUUUUUAUUUUGCGCAAGUGGUCGGUGCGCCCUUAUCACCGGAUCCAUGGGAUGCACUGUGAGCGCAGAGGAUAAGGCUGCGGCGGAGAGGUCAAAGAUGAUUGACAAAAACCUCCGGGAAGAUGGAGAGAAGGCAGCGAGAGAAGUGAAGCUGCUUUUAUUAGGUGCAGGAGAAUCUGGGAAGAGCACCAUUGUAAAGCAAAUGAAGAUUAUUCAUGAAGACGGCUACUCAGAGGAUGAGUGUAAGCAGUACCGAGCUGUUGUUUACAGUAAUACCAUCCAGUCGAUUAUGGCCAUUGUCAAAGCCAUGGCCAGCCUCAAGAUAGACUACAGUGACCCUGCCAGAGCGGAUGAUGCCCAGCAGCUCUUUGCACUGGCUGCAGCUGCAGAGGAGCAAGGCAUUCUUCCUGAGGACUUGGCCAACGUGAUAAGGCGAUUGUGGGCCGAUAGCGGCAUACAGAGUUGCUUUACAAGGUCACGUGAAUACCAGCUCAACGACUCGGCAGCCUAUUACCUAAAUGAUUUGGAGAGGAUAGCAAAAGCAGAUUACAUCCCCUCCCAGCAGGAUGUUCUACGUACUCGGGUUAAGACGACUGGCAUCGUUGAGACUCACUUCACCUUCAAGGAACUGCACUUCAAAAUGUUUGAUGUAGGAGGCCAGCGGUCAGAGAGAAAGAAGUGGAUUCACUGCUUUGAAGGAGUAACAGCAAUUAUCUUUUGUGUUGCACUGAGUGCAUAUGACCUGGUGCUGGCCGAGGAUGAAGAGAUGAACCGAAUGCACGAGAGCAUGAAACUAUUUGACUCCAUCUGCAACAACAAGUGGUUCACUGAAACCUCCAUUAUCCUCUUCCUCAACAAGAAGGACCUCUUUGAGGAGAAGAUCACUCGAAGCCCCCUUACCAUCUGCUUCCCCGAAUAUUCAGGAGCAAACAAGUUUGACGAAGCUGCCAGUUACAUCCAAACCAAAUUUGAGGACCUGAACAAGAAAAAGGACACCAAGGAGAUCUACACCCAUUUCACCUGUGCCACGGACACCAAGAACGUUCAGUUUGUCUUUGACGCUGUCACUGAUGUUAUUAUUAAGAACAAUCUGAAAGACUGCGGUCUUUUUUAAAGGACAAAAAUCAACAGACUUCUUGAGAGACUGCAAUAGCAAUUUGACGACUCCUGCUUUUCAUAAUGCAAACCAUGAUGUGCCGGUUUUAUUUGGGAAGAGGAACCUGUCAGAACUAAUCAAUGUUUUACUGACAUCAUCUCAUCCACGCUCGUCUUUGCUGGGAGUUUUUCUUUUACUCGUAUUAAACAAACACAGUUUAUGCUCUAAUUUGAACCAAAAACAUCUUAAUUAGAUCUGUUAUAUCUAAUUAAAUUACAUCUGUUUAAUUAGACACAUUAUGCUUGUAGCUUUUGUUGGAAACUCUAUGCUUGACAUCUUAUUAAGUCCCAAUGUUGGUGUAAAUACAGCAUAACUUUAAAAAAAUAAUUGAACAAUUUUAAUGCAACAUGCUCAGAAGGUUUUAUUUAAUAUUUCUCUGUUUUUGUAUUGAGAUUUCUCAUUAAAUUUGUUUUAAACUGUAAAAAGGAUAUAAAUUGACAGGGAAAACAACUUUUUAUAAUAGAAUACAUGCGCUUCUGUUAACUUUCUUUUUAAGACCCUUUUAAGUGCAGAGAUUAUUUUUAAAGGAAAACUAACAAGCAUUUAAUUACAAAACCAGACAAGACAUUUUUUUUACACUGUUUACACAGAAUCAAUACUUGUAUAGUGCAUCUUUCUGCAUGACUCGCCAUAGAUUAGCGUGUAAUCUCCCCACAUAAUGAUUAACCACCCCUAAGCAUCUUGUUAAAAAAAAGGCAGAAAUGGUUAAUGUAUCGAUUUUAAGGUAUGCGAUUUUUAAAUGGUAAUGUCUGUUUCCAAUAAGGAUUGUUUUAUGUCUUUUCGUUCCAAGUCUUUUUAAACAUAUGUUUGUGCCUUGAUAUCUGUUUACACUUGUUCUUUAGAGACAUGCCAUCGUCAUCGUGUGAAUUAGGGCUAUUUUUAUUACACCCAAGUUCACAGGAUCCAUAAUUUAUGACACAGCACGGCACAAGAUGAAUAAAUGACCGUUAUGAAUUAUUAUUAUUAUACUGAAUCACUUGUUAAAUGUAAAUAAAUUCUGACCACAUUAA